AUGGCCGCUGCGACAGAGCGGGAGAGCGUCGACGACGCGAUCACGCGCUUCGAGGCUCUGCGCGCCCGAGUGGCGCAGCUGGACGACCCGCUCGUGCUGCCGACGCCGGUGCUCUCGCUGCUGUUCUUGGAGGCCCUGCAUGUGCCCAAGGCUGUGCACCCCCUGGUGCUGCAGUCCAACGGCGGCCAGCUGCCAUUGACGAUCGAUCAGCUGAACAGCGUGAUAGGGAUGGUGCGGCAGCAGGGCCACUUUGCGGAGCACACUCAUGCAGGACCUCAGAACUUGUCCGAAGGGUACCGCGGCAAAGGAUAUCACGGUCAUCAUUGGUUCACGGGCGAGAAUGACAGCGGCGCUAACACCUGGAACGACACGGCCGCAUAUAUGUACGGUCAGAGCGCAUCCAGCGCGGCAGGGAGCGCUGGAUCCGCACCACAGCACUACGUGGUCCAGGACGACGAGGGCUACGAUUGUUGCGCCGUCUGCUCGAGCUACUUGUACGAAGACGAGCCCGGGGACGAUGACUCGAUGACCGAUGAUGAUGACUUGGACACUUCCCAGUUCACUCAGGAGGAACUACAGGAGUAUUAUGGCGACUCCGAGGGCUGGGACUACGACACCCUGCUACACGAGUACCUGUUCGCGAAGCGUAGGUUUCGCCACUUUGUUCAACGGAACAGCCGCCGCUCUCGUUUCCCGCGCAGCAACUGGUCUCUUCGUAUGAACAGCGGCAAGGGCGGCAACAGCUUCGGACGUGGGCGAGGCCACGGCAAGGGAUACCACUUUGGAGGAUCGGUGGUGAACCCAGGCUCGCUGGCGGGAGGAAAAGGUAAGAAGAAGAAGGGCGGCAAGCACUACAUGGCAGGCACGCCCGGCGCCACCAAUCCUCGAGGCAGUGACGGCCGCACCAUGCGGUGCCACGAGUGCGACUCGGAGACUCACCUCGUGGCCGCCUGCCCCAAGCGCAAGGGCAAGGGCAAGGGCAAGCACUUCAUGUCCUGGAACUCGGGCAGCGCCGCGACGGGGACGCAGCAGGCUGGGGCUCCUGCCGCCGACCCAACAUUGGCCGCCUAUGCGCCUGUGCCCGCGCAGCCGCGGACAGGAGCCUUGUCUGGAGUGCUGCACUGGUUUACCGAAGACGCCCGGACGCCCGGCCUGCAGAUCGACGACCUGGACGAGGACACCCUCCGCGAGGCUCUGAGCUGGGAGACCCUGGACAUGCGCGACAACGUCGCGGAGCACGACAUAGUGACGGAGAUCCAGGCCAGCAUGCAGGACCGAGCUGCGGAGGAUCAGCCUCCGACGACAGCUGGGCGAUCAGCGGCCUUGACCAGCCCGACAUGGUUCCCAUGGUGGCGAGUUGAUCAGUUCGAGAACGCCAGCGGGGAGACCUACUUGGUUCGCACCCGCAUGAAGGACAGGAGCGGCGAGGCUCUGCUGGUGGACCCCGGGAGCCCAGGCAACCUUAUUGGCGACGAGUGGGGUAACAGGAUGGCAGCGCGACAGCAGCAGGCAGGACAAGCCGCGACCUACGAGGCUCCGGUGCUCCCGAACAGCAGCGUUCCGGCACUGCUCGGGCGAGCAUCGCUGCGGGGCCAGCGCAUACUGCUCGACUGCUUCAACAAUCGCAUGUACCGCAUCGGUCCGGGCGGCUACUCCCUGCAGCUGAGCCCAGGAUCAUCGCAGUAUCAUCUGGAAGAGAGCCACGCCGACGGGAACAUCGGGGAGUUCGGGACCCACGAGGACGAUGGCAUUGGCGACCUCGACGACAUCAGAUUCGACAUCCUUGCCUGCAGCAACCGCACCGACUCCCGCAUCCACCAGGACGGCAAGCAAGAAGACCACUACGGCGACGUCAUCCGGCAGCGGGAAGUACAGGGGAGACCGCCAUCGGCAUGGGUGUUCGGCGACUUGCAGAACCUGUGCCAGAACGCGCUGCACGGAUGCGGAUAUGCGGUGGGUCGCAACUGUGAUGUUCACAGAUUCCUCGGGCAGGAGGAUAAGUGGGCGGAUUCCUUGCGCCACCAGCAGCCGGAGCUCGUUUGGAUCAGCCUGGCCCAGCCGGGCACGUCGCGAGGCAAUCGCAACGAUAAGCGAGCCAAGCGUUUCGAGUGUAAGAUUGCUCGAGCUCAACUUGAAGGGCAUCGCUGCUGCAUCGUCGAGGCGGACGAGGGCAGCGCGGUGUGGGACAUGCCCGACAUCUUGGAGCUGCUGGACGACAGGAGGUGGCACUCAGGAUCUCGGACAGAGGCCUUGAGAGAAGCCGACGAGGAGCAGUCACGAGCUGAGCGACGUCGACCUGGCCGAGUGUCAUUCGCGGACGACGUCGACGAGACAGGCUGCAAGGUGAGCGCGCUGACCGCGAGCUUUCCCACCGAGCAGAGGACGCGCGACAAGGCGCGCAAAGCAGCAGACCCGGAGCGCAAGGUGAAGAAGAGGCCACAGACAGUGGAGCAGGUCUUCGACGACUGCGGCUCCGAUUUCACGAAACUCUACGUGGCGAACGAAUACGAGCUGGACGAGGUGUGCUACGGCACCGAGCUCAGGGAGGACCAGCACAUCGAUGAGCAACCGUACAUCAUGAUGUCCGAGUUCUUUGGCAUGAUCGGCUCGGAGGCGCACCUGAACGAGAAAGACGAGCAGCUGAACUUCUUCAGCUCGGUCAAGGAUAUGGACACACACAUGAACCUCUACUACGGCCACCUGCAGCACGACGACGUCGCGGAGCUGUGCGGUGGCGCAUCUGGAACGACCCGGCUACUCGUACGACGAGGAUAUCGGGGCGGUCCCAACUUCGAUCUCAUUUGCGACUGCAACUUGAUGACGCACGAGGGCCAGAGGCAGUUUUGGGAAUAUCUGUAUCAUGGCAAGCCUCUUGUUUUACUCAUUAGCACGCCCUGUACGAGCUUGAAGGGGUUCUCGGCGCUCAACAAGGUCAUCAACUACGACGGUUGGCUUCGCAGUCGCAAGACAUCAGUGGGGCUGGCCCGCAUCGCCGCUGCAGCGGCGGGUACUCAGAUGGACGCCGGACGCCACUUUGUGUCGGAACAGCCGUUGGGCAGCGACUUCUACAAGCUCGACGACUGGCAACACAUCGCCAACAACUACGCGGUGGCGUGGUGCCAAGUCGACCAGUGCAUGGCCGGCAAGAUCGGGCGGCGAACGGGACUACCUAUCAAGAAGUCCUCGGAGUUCUGGGCUUCGGACGAGCGCCUGCUCGCCGGACUCAGGAGGUUUCGCUGCGACGGCCAGCACGAUCACGCCUUGCUGGCCCAUGGUGGCCGAGGACACCAUCCAGAGCGUGACAAAUGGCGACUAGAGAACCCCAAGGAUCACGCGGAGUGGGCGAUUGGCAUCUGCCGGGAGCUGGCGGCGAGCAUCUCCCAGAUGGUGGAGCGCGUGAGGCAUCAGGGACACCACCUCGUGGUGUACGGUGCCCGGCCUGCCGGAGUGGUCGCGCGGCCUCAGACACACGACAUACCCGAAUACCUGGAGAAUGCCGAGCAGACAGUGUUCUCCCAAGAGCAGUUGGACCUCGAGAUCUACGACCGAGACAACCACCAGCCUCCGAGGAGCCGACUGCGAACCAGGCACCGAGCGCCGCGCGAGCCGACGCGCCAGAUGCCGAACCUGAACCGCCACUGCCUCCACCUGUGCCUGCGGAGCGUCGACCUCGAGUGGCUCGAGCGACAGCGGCGGCACGGCGACUGCGAUCGCGUCUGCCAGCAGCUGGAGAGGCGGAGCCGGACGAGCCAUCAGGCGGCGCCUCGGGAUCGGCGGACGCCAUCGGUGAGGCACCCGCCGCGGAGCAACCGGCUGCGGCCCCAGCCGCGCCAGCCCGAGGCGUGGAUGCGGGGACGCAGGCUCGAGGAAGUGACGAGCCAGGCUGGACCGCGUUUGACCUCGGGCACGCGCUUCGACUGCUGCACAGCCCACGCCAGGAAGUCGUUCGGCGCCAGCUACGACGACUUCAUGUUCGAUUUUGGCACGCUCCAGCAGCUCGCCGCAAGCAUGACGAUCUCUCGGCUCGCGACGGGUUUCAACGAGAUGGUGCAGUGGGACAUCCUCUACAUCGGCGAACAGAUGGUGGCACACAUGAUCGAUGAGGCGACCCGCUGGACGGUGCUGUACAUCCUGGAACGCAAGACAGCGAUCAUGAUUAUCGCCGGCAUCACUCAGGGAUGGCUACGUCCUCAUGGCCCCAUGAAGCUGCUGAUUGCCGACACCGAGGGCGGUCUCCAUGGCGAGGAGGCGUACCAGUGGCUGGACCGCUGGGGCAUUGAGAUGAAGGCCAAGGAGGAGGGCUCGCACGCGCAGCUGGUGGAACGUCAUCACGACCUAGUGCGCAAGAUCAUACACCGCGUGCAGGCCCAGCUUGCGGAAGAAGGCAUUGUGAUGCCGUUGGAGAUCGUGAUCAUGGAGUGUGCCCUCAUCAAGAACCUCCUCAUCACCGUGGCUGGCUACAGCCCGUACCAGGCGGUGCACGGCCGACUUCCGCCCCUGCUCGCCGAGUUCGAGCCGGUGAGCGACUGCCAGAUCGACGACCAAUCGGCUGGCAUUCCAGGGAUCUCCCGACACCAUCAUCGGCUCCGCGAAGUUGCAAUGCAAGCCAUGGUGGAGAUGACCGCAAAGGACAGGCUGAGGCGCGCACUUCGAUCCAAGACGCGCGCCCCGCACGAGGCGCUGCAGCUGGCGGUCGGCGACCAGGUUGACUUCCACCGGCCGCCGAGCACGAAGGAGGAGUCGGGGUGGCGCGGCCCGGCUACCUUGCUGCAGGUCGGACCUCCAGUGCUCAUUCGAUGGCAGGGCCGAGUAUUUCAAGUGCGACCUCAGGACCUUCGGCGAAGCCUCGUCUACUUCGUGAUGUUCACGAACAACAUCUUCUUUGAGGCAGGAUCGCGCGACCCGGUGGCCACCAUCAUGAGCUACGCGGACCAGCUGGACAGCAAGGUCGUGCGCGUCGGGUGGCUCUUCGACGCCGGGUGGAAGCGGACCGCGGACAGCCAGAAGCUCAGCGAGUUGGUCCUGGCGGUGUUGCACGUUGCCGCCAGUGGCUUCUACCUGGUGGGGUGCAUCGGCGCGCGAGUGGGCAACGGCGUGUCUGUGCUCGAGGGCAUGGUCGGAUGCGACCACAGCUUCCUGUGGUGGUGGCGGCGCGGACGCCCAGAGCUGUCCUGGUACCACGAGGCGUCUGGAUCUGCUCGACUGAAGUUGGCCCCGAUAUUUGGCAAGGAUCACUGGCGGGACGUCAGCUUCGUGCAGUUCAUCAUGACGGACGACGAGUCUGUUCGCGAACUUCGGCGACGUGAACCCGAGACAGACAAGUGCAUCAAUGCCAGUGCCCGACACGAGCAUAUCGAGCGCAUCCAGGCAGACGAGUGCAACAUCAGAUUCAACGAGGAAGAUCGCGAUCACGUGAUGGCCCGGAUCGUGAUCAUGGAGCCCGAGGUGCAGGUGAGCCAGCGGCGGCAGUUGAGGCCCCUGCACCCCGGCACGAGCCACUGGCAGCACCUGAAGGAGCAGGCCGCUCUGCCUGCUGUUGACAUCGAGUGCGCUCAGAGCGACUUCUUCUUUGCAGCCCCGGACGCAGAUCAUGUGGCAGAAGCAGCAGAGGAUGAUUCUUCGAAUUCCCGACCCGACUGCGUCGAGAUCGGCAUAGGUGCGCCACUCAUGUACUGGGUGCACCCUGAGGUGGAGCACAUGCGACGACCUGGGUCAGGGGAGAUCUACAUCCUGCGCGUCUACAACACGGGCAAGCGCGAGAUUGUCGUCGAGCGCGAAAUGAACGUGCUCACGCUGGAAGAGGCCCGAGCUCACGAAGUUGAAGUACGGCAGGCCAUGAAGGACGAGCUCCAGCGCUGGGCGGAGUUGAAGGCAUUCCAGCGUUUCCCGAAGGAUCAGGCGACCAACAUCAUCGACUCCCGCUGGGUGCUCAAGUGGAAGGAGAUCGACGGCAAGAAGCAGGUGCGCGCGAGGCUCACGGUGAGAGGCUUCAAGGACAUGCAGUCACCGGAGCUGUCCACCUUUGCGGGUACUACGACACGAUGGGGACAACGACUGGUGAAUCAGGUGACUGCACAGCGCAAGUGGCGAUUAUUCUCAGCGGACAUCAGCCAGGCGUUCUUGCGCGGGCUCACCUUCGAGCAGGUCGCCGCCAUGGACGGCGAGGUCAAGCGGAAGGUACAGUUCACGAUGCCGCCAGGAUCGAUUCCAGUCCUCCGGCAGCUGGAGGGCUACGAGGACUACAACCCUGUGACAGAGGUGUUGUUGCUCCUGCGCUGCGGCUUCGGUCUGAAGGACGCGCCGAGGCUGUGGCAGGUCAUGUUGAAGCAAGUGCUGGAGAAGACAGGAGGCAAGGCGCUCAUCAGCGACCCGCAGAUCUACGUGUACCACGACGCGAAGGGCGAGCUGCAGAUGAUCAUGUCCUCGCACGUUGACGACCUCAAGGGCGGCGGCGAGGACUACCUGCGGGAGAAGGUACUGAGCAUGAUCGAGAGCGAGUUUGGGAAGCUGAAGCGCCAGUACGACUGCUUUGAGUGCAUCGGCAUCAUGCACGAGCAGGACGCUGUGACCAAGGCCAUCUGGACGCAUCAGCAGCACUACGUUCAGCAGCUGCGACCGCUCCAGGAAGACCAGUAUGUGAUGGAGAAUGAAGAUGGCCAGGUGAGCGUGGAGACCCACGCGGCAUACCUGUCGCUGCUCGGGGGAAUCGCAUGGAUGACGCAGACGAUGGCGCCCAUUGCAGUGUACGUCAGCUACCUCCAGCGGCAGGCCAAGAAGCCGUCAGUCGGAGACAUCCGGAAGAUCAACAGGCUGCUGAAGUGGAUCAUGGUGAACUCGAAGCAGCUCGGAGUUCGGUUCAUCGAGUUGAACAUGACACGAGUGCGUUUGACCGUCGUCAGCGACUCAGCCUUCCACGCCAUGGAGUUCGAAGGUUUGGCGAUCCGAGGAUGUGUGAUCAUGUUGCUGGAGGCUGACGCCGAGGUGCUUCAAACCGGAUCGACGUAUAGGGUUGUGAUGCUUGAUUGGUACAGCAGAAAGCAGAACAACGUAGUGAGGUCCACCUACGCCGCCGAGCUUAUGGCGUUGUUGGACGCACUCGGCACCGGCACCCUCAUGAACGUGGCAUUGACCGAGAUCAGUGAAGGAGUGUGCACAGCGAAUGAGAUGCGAGUGCGGCAGGAGGCCGGCGACCUAGUAUUGAAGAUGAUCGCGGCCAUCGACGCGAAGGCAGUGUUUGACGCCGUCUCCGCCGCCACCAUCAAGGUGACCACGGACAAGCGCAUGUUCGUGCCGACGCUCGCGGUGCGUGAGCAGAUCGACCGCCUCCAGCUGGCACAGCUCAGCUGGAUCGACACAGUGGACAUGCUGGCGGACGGGCUGACGAAGGGCGAGCUCGACCGGACGGCCCUCGUGAAGCUGGGCUUCGGCAACGAGUGGCACUUGAGCGGGCUGCAGCCAGUGGCCUUCUCGGUGCGCAGUGUGCUGGAGGGCCGCGCAGAGCGCUCGAAUUCCCGACCCGAGUGA